AUGAUCCUCGCUGAUAGUAUGGCGCACCUCAAGAACGUCCGUGAACUCGACAAGGAGAAACAGGCCAACACCUUCUCCGCUUUCGGGCAGACCCAUGUGGUGGAUGCAGAUGCACCUCCUCCGUACGCCGAUGCAAAGGCUACCUGUGCUAGUGCCUCCUCCUCAAAGACGCCCAUGUCCGAGGACUCGGCCCCGCCCAAAGUCGCGCAAACCUCUGCAUCUGUCAGCGCACUGAGCAGCGGCGUUCCUCAGCGCGUGAACCACAUUUCGCUGUUUUCCAAGCGCGCGCCCAUCUCAGGCACCUAUCUCGUCGACCCGCUCCUUGCCGUGCCAAGCGCCGCUACCGGAGUGCUGUCUAGAAGUAGCCUUGGCAAGAUCGAGCGGGAGCACGCACGAAACCUUCGUGGAUCCCAUGAUUGGAUGCUGGGGACGCACAAGUCGUCGUCGGAGACAAACGCAGGGUUCAGAACGCGUGACGGGAAUGUCGACCUGGACAUUGCAGUUGCUGGUUCUGGGGCCGGUGAUUACGGGAGGAAGGCCAAGGCGCGAGUGACCGCUUCAAGCCGUCACGGACAUGUCAGAGUCAAUCUCUUUGAGAUACAAGGAGGCCGCUGUGUGGAUCUCAAUGUUUCUACUCGCAAAGGAAACAUUGUCGUGCUGCUUCCUCCGGAUUUCUGUGGACCAAUUACUUUCAAGACGAGGCGGGGUCGCGGAAACAUCAACUUCCUUCCUGCCUUUUCCGAGCGUGCUCGCAUUGUGCGUGCGACGGAUCGCGAGACGGCCGUUAUUUUCUCGGGAACGUCUCCCACAGAAGAUGUCCAAUCGGUUGUUCAGGACGACUCUUGCGUCAUAGGCACUCGUGCUGGUCGGAUUACGGUAGGAGGGUUUCCGCCCAAGUCCAAGUUUUCCCCCGACCAGAUACCUGACCUCACUGGGCGCGUCUAUAUAGUCACCGGGGGAAACGUUGGAAUUGGCCGCGAGACCAUCAAAGCCCUAUUGGAGCACAAUGCGAAAGUCUACAUGGCGUCUCGAAGCCAAGAAAAGGCCGAGGCUGCGAUCAACGAGCUGAAGGAGCAGACCGGGAAAGAGGCACUCUUUCUCCAACUUGACCUCAGUAGCCUUGCGUCCAUCCGGCGCUCCGCCGAGGAAUACUUGAGCAAAGAGAGGGAGCUACAUGUGCUCAUCAACAAUGCUGGUAUCAUGUGGUGUCCCAUUGAACAGCUUAGCGAAGACGGCUACGAUCUUCAAUUUGGAACCAACGUCCUCGGACAUUACUACUUCACGAAAUUGCUCAUUCCUGCUCUCAUCGCAGGUGCCGAAUCGUCCGCAGACCACCGGGCACGUAUCGUCAAUGUCUCGUCAUCUGCCUCAUAUCAAUACACGCUCAAUUGGGAUUCUUUCACUGACGGCGCCGCAAGAAGGAAAGUAGGAACGACAAUGCUCUACGCUCAGAGUAAAUUUGGCAACGUUGUAGUUGCUCGCGAGUUUGCCAAGCGUUACGCCGACAAGGGAAUUAUCUCCACCUCUGUAAACCCAGGUAACAUCCAGACUGAACUGCAGCGUUAUGUUCCAACUGUCAUGCGCGCGAUUAUGAACACCCUGAUACUUUACCCCACACGGUAUGGUGCGCUUACUCAGCUAUGGGCUGCUACUAUGCCAGAGCCACUGGACCACAAUGGCAAGUUCCUCAUCCCGUGGGCCCGAGUUGGAGUGACUCGGGGGGAAGCAUACGACGACAAGAUCGGAGAGCGGUUGUGGAAUUGGCUGGAGGAGCAGGUGAAGGAUAAGUAG